GCACCGGUAAAAGACUUCACAGACUUCACACACCUACAUCCUCAUCCGUCCUAUUCUUCUUCUUCUUCUUCUCUGAAUCUAUUUGAUUUCUUGCUCAUUCAAUUUUCUAGAUCUUCUAGGGUUUUUCUCUUUCUGGGUUGCACGGAUUCAUUCAUGGAAAGAGGAUGGGGUACUCUCACUCUUGAUUCUUCAGAUCCCCUAACCACCGCCGCCGCAGCAUCACCUUUCUUUUCCACCAAGAAACCGCCGCCGUCUCCGUCUCCUCCUGCGUCUCUGCGCUCUUUCUUCUCCGACGAAAAACCAAUCCGCGAUAUGUUUCCUCAGUUCCCGGUAAGUCUCGGCCGUGACCAACGCCGCCAGACUCCGCCGACGUCCUCCUCCGGCGACACUCCGAUGUCCGUCAACGAGGUUGACUUCUUCAACUCCGAUCAUCGUCACAGCAAGCAACAGAGGGCCGCGGGAUCUGACCGCGAUGGCGUUAAAAGUAACGGCGCCGUGCCAGGUGCUAAUAUCAAGAAAGAGAUCGUCAGUUCUCACGUUGAUGAUAAUCAAGACGGAGCUAGAGAUGUAAAUAUUGGGUUGCAUCUGUUAACUACUAACACUGGAAGUGAUCAGUCAACGGUGGAUGAUGGAGGAUUAUCAGAUAUGGAAGACAAGCGAGCUAAGACCACUGAGUUGGCAAAGUUGCAAGUGGAGCUGCAAAGAAUGAAUGUAGAAAACCAGAGGUUGAAGGAGAUGCUUACUCAAGUCACUGGUAAUUACAAUGCUCUGCAGAUGCACCUGGUGACUUUAAUGGCACAGCAGCAGCAUGAAGCCGAGUCAACUCAACGUCUCAAUAUUGUAGAAGCCAAGCCGGAGGAGAAGAAGAAACAAGACGCUAUGGUGCCAAGGCAGUUCAUUGAAUUAGGCCCGUCACCCACCACCCUUGAAACCGAUGAAUUAUCUCACUCGUCAUCCGACGAAAGAACAAGGUCUGGCUCACCUCCAAGAAAUAUAGAGGCUGUGUCCAAUCACAGUGUGGAGAAAGAAGAGAUUGCCCCAUUUGAUCACAACUCUGGUAAAAGACUUGGAAGAGACGAAAGUCCAGAUUCGGAUGGUUGGGGCCUUAACAAGGCUCAGAAACUGAAUAAUAAUAGCUCAUCUAAGGGUAUUGAUCAUCAAUCAGCCACCACUGAGGCCAACAUGAGAAAAGCUCGUGUCUCCGUUCGUGCAAGAUCGGAAGCUCCCAUGAUUACCGAUGGAUGUCAAUGGAGAAAAUAUGGACAAAAGAUGGCAAAGGGAAAUCCUUGUCCUCGUGCUUAUUAUCGAUGCACCAUGGCUGUUGGUUGUCCGGUUCGAAAGCAAGUUCAACGAUGUGCUGAAGAUCGUUCAAUAUUAAUAACAACAUAUGAAGGAAACCAUAAUCAUCCAUUGCCUCCCGCAGCAAUGGCAAUGGCAUCAACAACAGCAGCAGCUGCUAGUAUGUUGCUUUCAGGGUCAAUGUCUAGUGCAGAAGGACUAAUGAACCCGAACUUGUUGGCAAGGGCAAUCCUUCCUUGCUCAUCAAGUAUGGCAACAAUUUCAGCAUCUGCACCAUUUCCUACUAUCACAUUAGACUUAACGAACAACCCUAACCCUCUACAAUUCCAAAGACUACCGACCCAAUUCCAAGUCCCUAAUUUGCCCCAAAACUUUGGUUCAGUAACACCUCAAGUUUUCAACCAAGCACUUUAUAACCAAUCUAAAUUCUCUGGCCUUCAAUUAUCUAAUCAAGACCAUCAAAUGGGAAAUUCUUCCCACUUAUCCCACCAAUCUCCUCCUCUCUCGGUUAUACACCCGUCAUCACUGCAACAACAACAACAGUCUCCAAAUUCUCUAGCAGACACAGUCACUGCCACAGCCGCUGCCAUCACAGCAGAUCCCAACUUCACAGUUGCUCUUGCUGCAGCCAUCACUUCUAUUAUAAAUGGCAACAACGUGCAUCCUACUAUCGCUGCCACUACCGCCAACAAUAAUAAUAACAACAACAACAACAAUAACAAUAAUAAUAUCAGUACAAGUAAUACGCAAUGAAUAUCACCAGUAUACUAAAAAGUUACAUACGAGUUUUCGUUCCUUCUUUUGUUUCUCCUUUCUUUUUAUUACUGGUUAAUGUUAGCGUAGUUUAGAUGUCCAAUUUCUUUGUUCUUCGGGAGUGGGAUGAUGAAAACUUUACAUGUUCAUAUGUCCUUUUUUUUUAUUUUUUUUUUUGGGAGUCCUUGUGGUAGAGGGUAUAGAGAAAUCAAGAACAAAGCUUUAAUUCUUUUGUUACUAUUUUAUUUAAAUAGUUUAAUUCAAAAAAAAAAUUAGUAAAUACACAAAAAGACA